ACGUGUUUUGUAUGCAUUGUAAAUGUGGUUUUUGCAGACGGUAUUUUUUGUCAAAUUAGCUCAUGCAUGAGUCAAACUGAUGGGAGAAGAAGAGAUAGACGUUUUGCUGUAAAGUGUCGUGAGUUGUUAGUUUGUUAUUGCCAGUUAAUGAAAGUAGACUAUGUAGUUGAAAAGAAUCUGUGAUUUUGUGAGUGUGAUUCUUCUUUCCACCACCACACCACGGACUGUCCAUUUGAUGAUUUGAAGAACAGAAUUUUCAGAGCAGUGGUCGACGCUCACUUUGCAACGGGUGAUGUGAACGAAUUCACGGUAUACGACCUGUCGCCCUUCACGGUCACUUCGUUGGUUGGUUGUUGAAUCAAUCAAACAACAAUUAUUUUGCAAUAUCUACACGAAUUUGGGAUGAAUUCCUUUUUAUAGAAGGAACAUGUGUCCUGUAAAACAUCAACUGGUGUCGGAGAACGACACUAAACAGAAAAUGGCAAGUGCUAGAAACUGUAUUCGGAGAACUAAUAAAAACUUUCUCUGCAAAAAACUGGACUCGAAUUUGAAUGCAAGGAUUUACAGCAGUAGUAACUUGUGGUCAUGGAUGCUCGCUGCUUGGUUUUUACACAGUUGCAUUUGGAUUUCCUCGUGUGCUGUCCAGCCUUACAUCACAGAGCACCCAGAGGGCGACACAACAGUGGAGAACAACCGUGAAUCUCUCAAAUGUCGUGCCCUCGGAGACCCUCCUCUGGAGUACCAGUGGCUGAAGGACGACCUGCCCCUUGGUGCUUAUGAUUCAGACAUGAGGACACUCAUACUCUUAAACAUUCAGAGGACGAACGCCGGGGAGUACAGGUGCCUGGUCAGGAACCCAGUGGGAACCAUCAUGAGCCGGAGCGCUGAUCUUUACGUCGCUUAUCUGGAGAGUUUUUCUGGGGGUCCUUCCACAGAGACGGCUACAGCAGGCCAGGCCACACUUCUGUCUUGCCCGAGUAUAGAAAGUUAUCCUUUACCCACUGUCACAUGGCGCAAAGAUGGUGUGGAGAUCUACAACGACGUCAAUAAGAAAACUACAAUAGACAACCGUUUGGUCAUCUUAGAUUCUUCCUCUUCAGACCAGGGGGUGUACACCUGUAGAGCCGAGAGCAUAGACACAGGAGAGUUUGAGGUCAGCUCGGAUAUCACUCUCACAGUCCAAGGGUCAACUCCAGCCACUGUAGCCCCUACGAUUGUUGUACCACCAAGUAACAUCAUAGUCACCCAAGGGGAGACAAUAGCCAGGAUGGAGUGUAUCGUCAAUGCAAGGCCACUCACUGAUCUUGAGAUGACCUGGAAGCAUAACAGUGUGGUAAUAAGCACCGGCGGUAGUGAACUGUUUGAGCUACUCAUCAGAAGUCCAUCUCAGAGCGACACGGGGAUCUAUGAAUGUGAAGCCAGUCUUCCCGGGUACCAGACCGUUAGUGCCUCAGCUAACCUCACACUAUACAUUCCUCCAACAUUCGUCACGACGUUUGAAGAUAUCACCAUUAGUUCCGUCGGCAGUGAUGUCGCAAUACCCUGCGCAGCAACAGGAAACUCCCGUCCGACAGUCACAUGGUUCCGUAAUGCCGUUGAUGUUACCGCCCUCGGUGACGGCAGGUUCCAGGUAUUACAAAGUGGUACCCUGGAGAUCCGAAGCACCGAGGCAGUAGACGCUGGCAUGUACCAGUGCAUGGUAAACAACGAGGCAGGGGAAGACAUCAAAGACACGUGGUUGCAGGUCAGAGAAAUUGCUCCUACGUUCACCAGCCAUCCCAACGACACCACUGUGAUUGAAGGCCAGCCGGCCACCAUUCAGUGCCAGGCCACCGGAGCCCCCAAACCAACCAUCUCAUGGUUAAGAGAUGGAUCUCUACCAGUACCAGAUGACUACAUACAGGAGUCUGGUGAUCUGGUGUUCACUCAGACACAGGCAAGCGACACUGGGGACUAUACUUGUCUAGCAGACAAUGGUGUGGGUACCAUCAAUGCUACAGUGCGACUCACUGUUUACUUGCCGACGUUCAUCCAAACCCGUCCAGAGGACACGGAGGUCCAGCUCAGCCUCCUGACCAUCAUGGACUGCGUGGUGCACCGUGACCCCGCAGUCACAGUCAGCGUUGUAUGGUACCAUAACUCGGUCCCUAUUGAUCCCGAUGCGACUAGUAGAGUCAACCUCCUGCCUUCCGGCUCAUUGGAGAUCACACAGGCAAGGAGGAGUGAUAAAGGGGAGUACGAGUGUGUGGUCACUUCAGUGGCUGGUGAUGAUGCGGCGAGUGCUACGCUGACAAUACUUGAGCUUCCUCAGAUGCCAACUAAUGUCAUGGCAUCAAUCAGCCCUACUGAUUCUCGUACCAUCCUGCUGAGCUGGGUGCCUGCAUUUGACGGCAACUCUCCGCUUCUACGCUACAUCAUCGAGCAGAAAGAGGAUGAGUCAUCUUUCCGGGAGAUUGAUUCCAACAUUGAUCCCAGUUUGACCACUUCCCCAAUAGUGGGCGUGAUCCCAUCCAGGAGCUAUCAGUUCAGAGUGACCGCUGAGAACUGGCUCGGUAGAGGAGAGACCAGCGAUGUAACAACGGUGCUUCAUAUUCCGGAGGAACCGCCAGAUGAAGCUCCUGAUAAUAUUGUCACCAGUGCAAGCUCUACAACGUCCAUCAUUGUGGAAUGGCAGGAGCCUCCGGAGGAUAGUUGGAACGGCGUUCUCCAGGGCUAUAUCCUACGCUUCAGGCUGAGCGGUUACGACACUAUACCCUUCAUGGUCAGGAACAUCACCAGUGUCCGGCAAACCUCGUUCACACUGACCGAACUCUCCACAUGGGACCGGUAUGAGAUACAAGUGGCUGCGUACAAUGGGGCCGGCGUCGGGGUGUUCAGUCCCUCAGUCAGGCAACGCACCAUGGAGGGAGUGCCAACUGAAGCCCCUCGAAAUGCACGGAUAAAUGUGAUUAGCUCAACAGCCAUUCUUUUCCGCUGGGAAGCCCCGGACCCUCAGAGUAUUAAUGGAAUCAACCAAGGUUAUAAGCUGCAAGCCUGGGAAGCAGGACAAGAGGAUUCCAAGACUGAGGUGAGAUUUGCUCCCGAUCCAACCAACAUCAUCCAAGAAGGUACCAUUACCGGUCUGAAGAAGUACACUGAAUACAUGACCAGUGUCUUGUGCUACACCGGACCUGGAGAUGGUCCAGCUAGUCCGACGGUCACUCUUUGGACUCAACAAGACACUCCUGGUCCAGUUGGUAGUCUCAAAUUAAAGGAAGUUUUAGACACGUCUCUCAAGGUGAUAUGGAAAGAGCCUACUGAAAUUAAUGGCAUCCUUACAGGCUAUGAGAUCCAGUGGGAGGAGUACAACAUAACUGACAGCACGGCUCAGCCAAUCAGAUUACUAGCUGGGCAGACCCAGUACACAGUGACUGGCCUGACAGCCACAACCAUGUACAGUUUAACCAUGUGGGCAUUGACAUCAGUGGGAGCAGGCCCGCCCACUGAACUGGUCUUCAGCUCUGGUGUACCACCAUUGCCACCUGGCCCACCCACCAGGCUAACCCUCUCCAACAUCAAGUCCCGCAGUGUGGAUAUCAAGUUCACUCCGGGCUUCGCCGGUCACACCAGCAUCUCUACAUGGAUCGUUGAGGCCAUGGUGGGCACCAGCCAAGACUGGCUGGUAAUCUACAACCACCACGACCCCGACGCCGAUAGCUUCACGAUACCCGAGCUCAUCCCGUACAUGGAUUACAGCUUCAGGCUCCGGGCGCAGAACGUCAUUGAGAAAAGUCCAGCGAGUGAGAGCACUGAGCAGAUACAGACUGAGCAAGACAUUCCUGAAAUCGCCCCACGUGAGGUGACAGUCCGAGCGACUAGUGAGAGUACUCUGAGAGUGCGCUGGGUGCCACUUCUGGACAGCCAAUGGAGUGGCGAACCGCUCGGCUACAUCAUAUCCUGGACUGAGGUCAACACGAUGACCCCUGACCCUCCAUCCAGGAGCUAUUACUUCCCUGACCCUUACAUUGGAGAGUGCUUCAUCGCCGAUCUCCAGGAGUGGACUGAAUACUCAGUGCAGAUCGAGGCUAGAAACGAGGAGGGCAGGGGACCAGCCAGUAACGCCCUUAUUGAGAGAACCAGCGAUACAGUGCCUAGUUCUGGACCGAUUAACGUUGCUGCUCAGGCCACCGGUGCUACAACCAUUACAGUCACGUGGGGACCAGUGCCUAAGAUUGAUCAGAAUGGAGCUAUUCUCGGAUACAAGGUGCUGUAUAUGUACCAGCAGAGUAAUUCGGGCACAGAGGUCCUGGAUGUGCCGGGGGAAGAUGCCUCAACAGGCAUAGUGACCGGGCUCCGUGGGUAUACAAGUUAUACUCUGACUGUACUAGCGUACACCCGCAUGGGAGAUGGUACAUCCAGCCAGGCAGUGAUUGUGGAAACUCAAGAAUCUGUUCCGGGACCACCCACUGGUAUACUAUUUCCAGUGGUAACUGAUACGUCGGUGAUGAUCACAUGGCAGUCUCCAAUGCAGCCCAAUGGAGAGAUAGUGGGCUAUCGGGUGAGUCACUUAGAGAUGGGAUACCCGGAUAGCUUUAGCCAGGUCAACGAGGUAGGAAUGGACCAAGACUUCACCGUAUCAAGCCUCUUACCAAACAUGUUCUACAUCUUCAAUGUCACGGCUAAGACCAGGCUAGGUUGGGGCGAGGAUGCCACUGCCCUCGUGUACACCACCAAUGAUAGGACCAUCCCUACUGCCCCAUCCCAGCCUAACGUGGAUCACAUCCAAAGCCGAGAAGCUCGCAUCUCAUGGACCCCCAGGUCGGACGGUAAUGGCCCUCUACGGUCUUACAGCAUCCAGGUCAAAGAGGGCGACGCAGACUUCCAAGAUUAUGCCAUCGACGUAGAUCCAGAAGUCAUAUUUUAUGUUGUGGAUGAGUUAUCACCGUACACAGAGUACCAGUUUCGCCUUAGAGCACAUAAUGAUGUUGGACCUAGCGACUACAGUGAUGACUCUGAUAAGAUCUCGACAGAUCAAGAUGUUCCUGAUGGGCAGCCCUCCAUCCAAGAAGUGAUUCCAGUUACUCCAACGUCUGUCAUGGUGUCUUGGACGGCUCCACCCACCGACACUCAUAACGGCCCUCUACUUGGCUACCGCAUCUACUACAAGGAGCUCCAGAAUGACGACGCUGCCCCGUUGGAGAGAGUGACGACCGACCCCGCCCAGCUGGAGUUUCUCCUGACCAAUCUAGUCCGAUACCAAGACUAUGAGUUCAAAGUUAGAUCCUACAACGUCAGGGGACCAGGGCCGUACAGUCUACCAGUUACGGAUUAUGUUGGAGUCGCAAUUCCCUCGGCAGCUCCAAGUAAUGUUGGUGCAUCAGCAACAGGCCCAUCCUCAUUGAUGGUCACAUGGGAUGCUCUAUCCUUAGACUCACAGAAUGGAGGGCUACAGGGAUACAAGAUCACCUACUGGGAGACAUCGGACCAGUCCGGCACACAACGCACCAAGACCUUCCCCAGUCAAGAGACCCAAGCCAACCUUGAGGGUCUGAAUUGCUACACAGACUACACACUGACUGUUAUUGGAUUCAACUCUGCUGGCGAUGGACCAGAUAGCACGCAGACCUCGGGGACAACUUCCACAAGUGCUCCUGGCGUACCAUCCGUGGUCAGUUUCCGUCAGAUCCGGAUGUCCUCUCUCAACGUCACCUGGGAAACCCCGGAGCUUCCUUGCGGCAGAAUCACCGGAUAUCAGUUGUACUAUGAGAGUGUCACACCAAUAGACGGCGAGAUAUCAACUAUAACGGUUGAGAUUAAUGAACCACUGCUGAUGUAUGGUGUGGACAACCUUGGAGAAUUUGCCAAGUACAUCUUCCGAGUCAAGGCAAAGAGCGAUGCCAGAGGCUACGGUCCAUAUGCAGAGGCCAAUAUUACAACUGGACCUCAAGUGGGUGCUCCUGGUCCACCAGGCAUGUUGAAGCUAGAGCCAUCAGCGGAAUACUUGACAAUGACCUGGUCUCGUCCAUCAGACAUUGGUGCCUCGGACCUCAUCAGUUACAUCAUCGAAUACCAAGAAGAAGAUCGCUCUGCUGAGUGGGAGACCUUAACGGACUCAGUGAGCCCCACCGUGGAGUCCUUGAGUGUCUCAUACAUCAACCUCAAGGCUCUGACUAACUAUAAAUUCCGCAUCAUGGCAGAGAAUGCACACAGCAUCAGUUUCCCUAAGGCCACUGUGGACUUCUACGCUACACCAGCCAACGGUGUUGCCCAGAAGAUGUUUUAUGAGGAGAUGUGGUUCUUAGCCAUCGUUGGAUUGGUGGUACUCAUUGUCUUGAUUCUCAUCACUGCAACUCUCUGUAUGCUCGGUAAAAGCCGUCUCUAUAAAGAUCGUAAAACCCAUAAGAGAGUAACCCAAGAGGAACAAAUGAGUAUAGAUGAUGCAGGAUUCUCAGCCGCCUAUGAGAUGCAGAACAGCGGAACCAAUGGAAGGGGUGCCGGGAGGGGCAGGGCCAGGGGCGGAUCCAGGAACGGGGCAUAUUCAAGGACUAACUCAUACACAAGACCACCACCAAGACCUAGUCCAGGAAGUAUAGAAUACUCAGAAGAAGAGGAGAGUAAACACUACGAGGCUGUCCAUCGACAGAUGAGACCUGACCAGGAAGAAACAUCUAGCCUUACUGAGAAGGCAGAUCUGCAAUCACAGACCGAUUCUCAGUCAUCUUACGAUUCAAAGGCCUCUGAGAGUGACGUGGAGUACACCGAAGAUCCCCACUCCUUUGUCAACCACUACACCAACGUGCCUACCUUCCCUAGUCACUCCUGGAGAAGGCAGAAGGGACCCAAAGCCUAUAGCUACACCGAUAGCGAGUCUGACAUGCACAGCAUUCAUGUCAACGGCCUCGCUGGGAUGCCGGCCGGGUCUCGUGCCCCCCUACAUGGCUUCUCCUCAUUUGUAUAGCAAAUUUUUGCCAAAAACUUUUAUAAAUCUUCAAAAAUUGUAAUAUUCAGUUGUUUUUUAAUUCGACUUUUAUUGAAAAAUGGAUGCAACUGGAAUAUUACUGAUUUUUGAAGAUAUUUAUGUCAUGUUUUAAAUCAAUAUUGUGAUGAGACUUUUUAAAAGUGGUACUGCAUGUAACUGGGGUACCGCUUGGCAUUCGGUUUGGUCGUGUAUUUUUUUUUAAAGGAAGCGAUUAGAGAUUUUAUUGCAUCUGACCUCAACAGGUUAGAAACCCUGUGGUUUAUGCAGACUUCCCCCUCAAAUUUGAGCCGUGAUUUGUAUGGGGUCAGUGCUUGGCUUUAAAACUAAGUGGCAGAGACUCAUGGGGAGUCCUUGCAUCAAAACCAAUGGCUGUGAGGUUGUUAGGUAGUUCAUAUGAUGAGCGGGGUCUAAGCUAGUUUUUAAGGGGGGGGGGGGUAUAUUAACAACAUUAUUAUUAUGUAAGACAAACGAGUCCUAAGGCAUUUGGACGUACUUUCACUUUGCAGAAUUCUAUGCCAAUUUUUUCUACCAAUAUGCAAGACAAGAAAACCAUUUUUAAGGCCCCCUGUAGACAGUCAUCUAAACAAAUUUUGUACGACUGGAUUGCAAAUUCCCUUUGGAUUACCUACCAGUGCCUGUCUUUUACAUACCAACAAAACACUUUUAACUUAAAGGAAACGUUGCCUUGGAUCGGUCGAGUUGGUAUUUGAAAAGCGUUUGUAACCUUUUUUUAUAAAUUAUAU